UUUUCUUCUUUUGGAAAUUCUAUGAAGCUGAAUUUUUUUAGUAAUUAGUUUAAAAAGAAACUUUUUAAGAAAAAUCUUCCGUUAGUUUAGUGUAAUAAACAGAGAAGCAAAGAAAAUAAAAACAAGAAUUAGCUCACAUUUUUUGCUUUUAAGAGAAUUUUGUAUUUUUUUUGGAGUAUUUUUGUCAAAACACGAAACCAAAUUUACUUAAUAAGUCUAAAGCUACAUAACCUCAAACAAAACGGUUUAUAUAUAUAUACAUACUUUUUUUAAACAAAAAUAAGAAAAAAAAAAAAAAAAGCAAGAAAGAAAAAAAAAAAAAAGAGAAAACAUAAAGACAACUUAAACGCUACAAACCUCUUUAAACUGCAAUAAUUUCUAAAAUAUUUUACACAACAACAAAAACACAACUACAACAAUUUAUUGAAAAUAAACUUUAUAAGAGUAAACAACAACAAACACAACAAACAACGUUUGUAAAUGAACAACAUGCGUCAAAAGGAUUUACGCCCCGCACCAGCUCUUAUUGAGUUUAAGGGAAUGAAGUUCCUAAUCACUGAUCGCCCGUCAGAUGUUACUAUACAUCAUUAUAUAACAGAAUUAAAAAAGAAUAAUGUAAACACUGUGGUACGCGUUUGCGAACCCAGUUACAAUACUGAAGAAUUAGAGGCACAAGGCAUCACGGUUAAAGAUUUGGCAUUCGAAGACGGCACCUUCCCGCCCCAGAAUGUUGUGGAUGAAUGGUUUGAAAUAUUAAAGCAAAAUUUUAGUAGAAACUACUCCUCAUCCUCUUCAUCAGUACCUUCCUUUGCGAUAGCUAAACGUUUUUCAUUUAGACAAAAAUCUUUUAAACGAGCAGAUAGCACAUGUACCAACCAUUACACUAGUCUUGAAAAUGAUAAUAAUGCUACAACAACAUCUACUAUAAUUACAACUACUGCUACAACUACUACUACUCCCACUUCUACUACUACUACUACUACUACUACUCCAACCACCAACCACCACCUCCACACCAUCAAACCUAAUAAAUCUUUAAAUAAUAUAACAACAACAACAACAACAACAAUAACAACAAGUGAAAAUACAGAUGAUAAGACCACUUGUGGGUAUCAACAAAAUCCCGAAGCUUGCGUUGCUGUACAUUGUGUUGCUGGUCUUGGCCGUGCUCCGGUAUUGGUAGCGUUGGCUCUUAUUGAAUUGGGUCUUAAGUAUGAGGCAGCCGUAGAAAUGAUAAGAGACAAACGACGAGGCGCUAUUAAUGCCAAGCAGCUAUCAUAUUUGGAACGUUACAAGCCCAAGGCAAGGUUAAAGCACAAAAACGGCCAUAAAAAUUCAUGUUGCGUGCAAUAGAUUUCCAAAAAAAAAAAAAAGUUAAUAAAUAAAUAAAAAAAAAAAACCAUUUAAAUUCCCACCAGUU